CAUCUCAGCUAAUAACAGAGUGCGAGACUGAGAGAGCGAAGAGCGAAGGGCGUUGCUCUCUUUCGUUUCGAGUUUUCAACGAUGGAUCGCGCUCAGCUUCUGCUUCUGGGAUUGCCACUCUUCCUCUUCUGUUCCGACCUCUUAUCCCUAUUCAUUUCUUCUCCGCCGUCGCCGCCACUCUCUUCGAAGCCCUCUCACCACCACCACCACCGACCAGCGAUUGACCCUGCAACCGUAGAGUCCUCAUCCGAGAAACCGGAGACUACUAUUGUUGGAGGUGUUGGACUUGGCAACACCGUCACCAUCAAUUACUGCUCCUCUUGCUCCUAUAGGGGAAAAGCAGUAGCUAUGAAGAAUAUGUUGGAGAUUGCUUUUCCUGGUACUGAGUUUAUUCUUGCAAAUUAUCCCCCACCUCUCCCAAAGCGUCUGCUAAGCAAGGUAGUCCCAGUUGUUCAAAUUGGUGUCAUAGGGAUCGUAGUAGCAGGAGAACAGAUUUUUCCAAUGUUGGGUUUUGUUGCACCCCCUCCUUGGUAUUAUAACUUGCGUGCAAAUAAGUUUGGAACUGUUGCAAGUACCUGGCUUCUUGGGAACGCCCUGCAGUCAUUUUUACACAGCUCCGGGGCAUUUGAAGUUUACUUCAAUGGUGAACUGGUGUUCUCCAAACUGAAAGAAGGAAGGUUUCCCGGAGAAAUAGAGUUGAAAAAUCUGAUUACCAAAAAGAUGGCUAAUUCUAGACUUGCAAAUGGUGUGCCAGAAUUGUGGCCAUAGCUCAUCUACAUUUUGUUAAAAAUUAGAAUACAGAGCACAAAUGAUGGAACUGGACCUGCCUCUGCUUUGUAAAGUAGAGGUUGGUGUAUAGAUACCAUAGGAAUAUUAUGUUACAAUGUCUUUAGUUGUUUAAAAACUAGAAUGUGAACUCUAUACUGAAAUGACCAAGUAAUGCUGAGAAGAGUCCAGGAAUUUAAGCUUC